CCUGGACCAGGAGGGAGAAAUGGGUAUUGCGUUACGUUCGUGUUCAUCAAUUUUCUGUUUAAUGUCAGCGUGCGAGCUUCAUUGUGGCUGAGGGACGCGUCAUCCAGCCAUAAAUUUGCGAUUAUACAGCAUCGAGGAGACUGUUCAAACGGAUUCCGUCUCGCGCGCACACAGGCACAGGAUCCGGUGUUUCUAGAACACUACGUUUAGAGUUCGAGUGAUCGGAAAACCCCAGUGACUUCAUAAGUUAUUUAUUUGGAAUAAACAAUCCUAAUUAAUGCGAUUAUCGUUGAAUAAAUCAGUGACUUUAUGAUAGGCUUGUUUAAAGUUAGAUUACACUCGCAGGAAUUUAAGUCUGUUUGAGGAUUUAAAACGUCAGGAGGGUAAGGUUUUAGGCCUACACCUUAUCUAUCUUUUUGUUUUAUUCUCCUUUCUACAUACAUCCGAUCCCCUGUGUUAUGAAUACAGUUUUGUAGCGGACUGACGUUUUAUAGAACAUGACCGGGACAUACUUUUUGGUGGGCAAGGCAAAUACUCGAAUGAGUUCAAGACGACCUAUCCGAAGUUCAUAAAAGGGAUUAUUGAAUCUAGACAGCGUUCGAUGCGUCUGGCUUUUCCUCUGGAUUUGGGAUUUAUUGCUUCUCGACAGAAUGGAAAGCCGGGAUUUCGCUCCUCCACACCACCUCUUGACAGAGCGGGGCGCGCUGGUUCACCACGCCUCCUCUCGGAUAGCUUCUAGCGGCCGAGGCACGGUGCAGCACCCCGCUCACUUCCAGCCUGGAAAGUACUAUUCCUCUCACAUCGCCAUGGCCCCACAUUCAGGUGGUUCGUUCAUGGGCUCGUUUCUGGCCAGCAGUUUGGGCUCUCCCCCAUCUCACCCUGCCUCCCCUUCCUCCCCCUCCUACAGGGGAGGACCUCACUCCAGCACCUCCCCCAUCUGGUUCCCUCACUCACAUGAAGGGUAUCCCCGGUAUUCAGGAGGUCUGACUUCCCCCUUUCUUCCCAUGAGCUCCUUGGAUCACCAUAGCAACAGCAGCAUUCUCUACGGACAGCACCGCUUCUACGACACUCAGAAAGAUCAUUUCUAUUUGCGAAGCCUGCCGUCCCAGUCCCCUCUUCUCUCAACCAAUCAUAGCCUUCCGCCACUGUCUAGGACUGCCCCCGGACAUCCUCUGGGGUCCUGCAGCAGAGAAACAGACUCUGGGGGAGGAGGAGGUGGAGGGGGUCUCCAAAAGAGCUCCAAGGAACUGGGGAUGGUGGAAAAGAGUGUUUCGAAAGAGAGAUCCAUCAGCAAAGAGAGACACCAGGAGAGCAAAGAGAGACAUCAUCAUCAACACCAUCAACAUCAGCGUCAUCCGUUCUCUCAACCCCACUCCGUCCCCACUCACAUGGGUGAGGAGGACCACAGACACAAAACCCCCAACCUGCCCACAGAAUACAGGGACGACCCCGCAAACCAGGGCUCCAAACACAACUGUGCUCAACUUAGCAAACUAUCCAACGGAGACUCUGUGUCCAAGGACGGGUCCCUGAACAGCUGUGGGAGUGGAGGGGGUAGCAGACCCCAGGGUAGUGGGGGGACGAGGCGAUGCUCCAAGGAAGGGGGGGUGAGCGGGGAGAUGAGGAUAAGCGAAACUCUCCCCUCCUCCUCGUCAGACUGUCUGCGUCGAGCAGCCAUGAUGGGACCCCACAACCCCCAUGCCAUGGCUUCCUACUCCAUGCCCCCGCCCCCUCCUCCACCCCUACACAUGGGCCCUGCUGUGGGAGGGGGCUGGCUGCACCACCCUCAUCACCCCCAUCACCCUCACCCUGAGUUCUACUGCCCCCCUGCCCCCGCCCCACUCACCCUCACCCAUCCUAAAGACGGAGUAUCUGGGAGGGAGGUAAAAGUCUCUGGCCCAACGUACAUCCCCUCAGUCGGGCCUUUAGGGGACAUGGGGUCCCCUGACUGCCAUGGUGCUGGAGGAGGAGGAGGAGGAGGAGGAGGAGGAGGAGGAGGAGAUAAGGGUGGAAAAGGGGCAGAGAACAGCGGAGGAGGAGGAUCUAGUGAAAGUCUUCCUUCUCUUCAUCCUCAUCCUGAUCGUCCUCAGUCUAGUAGCUGCCAGAGGAAGCCCCCGUCCCAGACGCAGCAGCCACAGCCACAGCAGCAGCUGGGCUACUGCAAGGCAAACAAGCCCCCGGACUGGAACCAGAACCACAACUACAUCCAACACCACAGCCAGAACACCCAGGCCAACUCCCAGCCUCAGCCACAUAACCCUAACCGCCAGUCUGGGCCUCGCUCUUGCAGCCUAGAGGCCUCUUCCUCCAGGGGAGACCUGGAGGUCCUAGAGGUCUACCGGGCCUCCCUGCCUCUGGAAGCCCAGAGUGCUCACCCCAGGCCUGGGCACCAAGCCACCAAGACUGGGCCCUACGCCAGCACCCCGCCCUUCCGGGACUGUUCACACUCAGGUCCUCCUGAUGGAAAGGGGGGGUUGGGGGGGAGUGGAGGUGCCCAGAGAGAGGGACAGAAGGUUGCUAGGAUACUGCACCAGCGGCACAGUAGUCAUGGAAGCGGGUCGGGUUCUGAUGGAUCAGGGACUGAGAGGGGGGGAGAGGGGGGGAAGCAGAAUCAGAAGAGUGAGGGUGUUGUCAUGGGGUACAGGGGUCAAACUCCCCCCACGCUGCACCCCUGGGGGAUACCGAGGGGUCCCCAAGAAGACGAGAGGAGGAUCUCCCCAUACACAGAGUCCUACCCAGAUAACAAGACUCAAAACCACCACGAUCAACAGCACUGUAAGACAGCACCUCAUCCCUCCUCCCACUCCUCCCCCCACCCAGAAGGAGAGAGCAGCGCCAUGAAGAACCUGAUGAACUACAGUUCCCAGCAGCCUUUGCUGCUCUCCCAGAGGAGUCUCUUCGGGGGGCUGGGCUGCCUGAAGCCGGGGAGCGAGAAGGGGGGUAGAUCCAGCACCCCUCAGGAGCCCCCCAAACAGCCCCUACCACCCAGGAGAGGGUCCACCAGCGAGGGGGAGAGGAUGGACGGAGGGGGGAGAGGUAGAAGGGAGGCGGGGGAGACACACAGGGAGGGGGAGGUACGACAGCCCCCUGUGGGUAUAGCUGUGGCGGUCGCCCGGCAGAGAGAGCCCCCCCAACACCCAUCAGACACCCCCCCAGGACACAGCCGACAGGGCAGGGUGCUGCCCAGUGUCAAAGGUGUGUCUCGGUCUGUGUACCCGCUGGGCCGGGAGGCAGAAGAGAGGAAGAGGAUGACUGAGGAGCAGCUCAGCCUUCAUCACCUCGACCGAGACAGAGAACUCCUCAUCAGGGAAAGCCAGGAGAGAGUGGAGUUUGCCAGGAUCCACCCAUCCAGCAGUUGCCAUGGUGACCUGACCUCUCACCUUCUGGUGCCUGGCGGGGCCAGCCAAUUAGGUGGAGACCCUUCUGCUCACUCCCACCACCAUUGGAUGCAGCGGACUGGAAGUCCCUCCCUCUGGAUGGGCCAUUCAUAUGGUCUGAGCCAUGCUGCGCUGCACCAGAGUAUGGGCCCAGGGUUCGGCCCUGGCCUGCCUCUGUCCCAGGACCCCUCUGGCUCCCUGGUGGUCCUGCCCUCUGAGCCUGCACACCACCACCUGGAUGUGAUGGAGCAGUCAGCUCUGUGGCCCUCGGUCUAUGGAGCUCGAGGCCUGUCACCCCACAUGCAGCAUCACUCUGUUUACUCCCGUUCUCCGUUCCUACGACAACAGGAGCUCUAUGCCCUGCACCACCACCACCAACAACAACAACACAGGGCCAUGGAGCACAUGCACCGACAACACACACUCUCACAGAGGAAGGCAGAGGAAACCACUAUCACCAUUGAUGACCGUCCUCUCCAUGAGACCUCGAGAACCUCCCGUGCUGCUAAGCUCUUCUCCCACACCCCUCCCUCCAAGACUACCCCUCCCUCACAGCCUUCCUCUAUAGUGUGUCCUAGCAGCCACCAAUCACCCUGCUGCCACUCCCCUUCCAGGAGACCACACCCCCAGAACCUUCUAAACCCCGCCCCCAGCCCUGCGGCUGCAGCCCCAAGAUCCCCAGCUCUAAGCCCCGCGCCCUCACACCUGUCAAAAGUAGUGGAGAGAGGGGAAAGAGGAGAGGGGCAGCCGCCUCAGGAUUACCCACAAUCCUUAGAGCCAGAUCUUCCACCAGGUUACACCUAUCCAGAAAUCGCCAUGCGUUACAAGGCUGAUCCUUCCCUAGAGGAGGCUCGAUUUGCUGAACAUGCUGAUCUAGAGGUGGAGCCAACUGAACCCUGCCCUAAGCUCUGCCCACACAACACAAGGAUUGUGGAGAAUGAGGAUGCGGGAAAAGAGAAGAAGGGGAACGGCUGCACAGUUGUAGAAUCUAGUGGAGUUGUAGAAAGGGAACAAGAAGGAGCAGAGGUGGAUGGGCAAUCAGUAUCUGAGCCCCCACUAUUUGAAGUGAAGACCCCUGAAAUGGUGCCUUGUCCUGCCCAAGUUUCAAACUCCCCAUCCCCAGCCACAGUUCCAGCUCCAGCCCCAAUCUCUGCAUCUGAGGAUGCCCAGAAAGAAGAGGUCUUUGUGGGCAGCCUGGCUCAGCCAGCUGGCUUGAAAGACUCACAACCAGCAGAGGAGAAGAAAGAGGAGGAGAAGGAGGAAAGUUCAGUAGAGUUGAAAAAUAACCACAUACCAGAUUGUACUGAGAAGGAGAAGGAUAUAGAGGAGAAUGAGGAGAGAGAGAAGAGCAAGGAGGAGGAGGUAGUGGAGAAUGAGGAGAGAGAGAAGAGCAAGGAGGAGGAGGUAGAGGAUAAGGAGGAGAGAGAGAAGCGUAAGGAGGAGCAGAACGUAGAGGAGAAGGAGGAGAGAGAGAAGGGUAAGAAUGAGGAGAACGUAGAGGAGAAGGAAGGGGGUAGGAGGAGUCAGAGUGAAAUCUCUGUGGAGUUACUAAGCAGCCCCCAGAAUUCUCCAACCCCAAACCCAGCCCCAACCUCAGCCUCAGCCCCACCCCCAGCCCCAGCCCCACCCCCAGCUUCAGCCCCACCCCCAGCCUCAGCCUCAACCCCAACCCCAGCCCCAACCUCAGCCUCAACCCCAACCUCAGCGUCAGCCUCAGCCUCAACCCCAACCCCAACCUCAGCCCCAACCCCAACUCCAACACCGUCCUCUACCCUCAGUGAUGAUCCCUGCAUCUGGAGUCUGGAGCUUCUCAUCGCUGCUGCGCUGUGUGCCACCCGGGACGAACGCUACCCCGCUAUGCUCCCAUCCACCACAGCGCAGCCUGCCCCACGCCCACUCCCACACCGAGGCAUGGAGAUACUGGGAGAGUUGGCUGAGCUGGGGAUACUGCAGAGGAACAGGGAGAAGGAGAGAGCGACAGGAGGAGAGGACAUUUUGACCUUUGACCUUAGUAGCCUGGCGACCCUGGCUGCGGCUCGCAGUCUGGAGCUUGGGGAAGGAGCUCCAGGGAGUGCGGAGGGGAAGCACUGUCCCGUCAGGAUGACCUUCAACCUGCGACGGAAAUGUAGCUGGACGCCUCGCCACGAGCCGGUGUGUCCGGUGAAGGGUGUCAUGGAGACGGUGGAUGGGGCGGAGCUAGCGAUACGAGUCCAGCUAGCGGAGAUCCAGAGACGUUACAAAGAGAAACAGAGAGAACUGACAAAGCUGCAGAGAAAACAUGACCGCCAGAAAGCAGAGACCUCUCAUAGCCCUGCUCGCAGACGACCCGGUCGCCCCCGGAAACGCAAGUCUACCUCCAGUCCCAGCGCCUCAGACGGCCCCAAGAGACUCAGGGCGGAGGAUUAUGAAGCAGAUGGGAGCGGAGAGAAGCGGAGGAAGACGAUGACUAAUCAUGGCUUCCUCACGAGGAGAGGUCGUCCCAGCCUGAGCUCCCGACUAGCACGGAGGGUGACCCAGCUGAAGCAGAAGGUUGUGGCCCAGAGAGGUGCACCAUCAGGGGGCACGCACCGUCGCAGACGGGACCCCAGACCUGGAGCCCACGCAAACUGCAGAGAGAGUGGCACAGCAGCGGAUACUUCCAGUAACCAGCAGGACUGGGUGCCCAAUCAGGGGGUGAGGAGAAGGAGAGGUCGACCAAGGGUCAAACUGGGCGGACCUUCGACCAGAGUCCUCCGCAGAGGAGGUGUGGCCUCUGUGAAGCAGGAAAUGAACGAGGGGAAGAGCAACAGCGAGUGCUCAGGCCAGGAGGAGGAAGAAGAGAGGCGCUAUGACAGCGACGAAGGACUCAAUGACGUAAAUACAACGAUACCAUCCUCCAAAGACACGCCAACAAACUCUUCUGUGACUGGCCCAGCCGCUAAGCUCCAAGCCAAUCAGAAAGCCAGGAGCAAGGAGGAGAGGCAAGGUGAUGAUGUGAGCAUGCCCAGUGUGGCACUGAGGAGGAGAGGAGCCCCCUGCAGGCCAGGCCCUGCUACUGUAGAUGGGAGAUGCCCAGAGCUCCAGGAGCCACAAGGGGCUAGGAGAGAACCUGUACCCAGCUGGAGAGUCUCGUUAGUGGGCAACAGCCUCCAGGACAGCAGGGGGGUCCAGGGACCAGUGGCGGAGGCAAAGAGGAAGAUCUCGGGACAACAAAACUUUCUGGGAAAGAGGAGGGGCUGCUGGCUAGAGACUGAGACUCAGAGAGAGGACACCACCAGGGGCAAGAGGAGCAGGAAGAAGCAGGCUAAGGGGCGUGCAGUGAGCCGGCUUCUGGAGAGCUUUGCGGCUGAUGAAGGAUUCCGAUUGGACGAGGAGAGCAGCUUCUCUGAGGGGGAGGAGGAAGACAUGGAGCAUACACCUCACACACACAGAGAACCAGCACUGCUUAACUGUGUGUUGAGCAGGGAGAUGCUGGUGGAUGGUCUGAAGGUGUUGAUAUCUAAGGAGGAUGAGCUGCUGUAUGCUGCCCGACUACACACUCUGGACCUGCCUGACAUAUUCCGUGUAGUGAUCGAGGGGGAGAGAGGGAACAGGCCUAGGAUCUACUCUCUAGAACAGAUAUUACAAGAAGCGGUGUUGGACGUGCGGCCACAGACAGAGGCCAUCUUGACUGCUGGGACACGUGUGUGUGCCUACUGGAGCGAACGCUCCCGUUGUCUCUACCCUGGAAACGUCCACAGAGGGGUUCCGGGCGAGGAGGAGAAGGGAAGUGUGAUGGUGGAGUUUGAUGAUGGAGACAGAGGAAGGAUCUCGCUGCCCAACAUACGCCUGCUGCCCAAUGGGUACCAGGUACACUGUGCGGAGCCAUCUCCAGCCCUGCUCUCAACUGAACGUUGUGGUCGCAGAAGCUCCACCCAGGACAGUAGAGACAAGCCAACAGAGGGACCAAACAAUGAAGAGGCAGAAGGAAGGAGCCAGGAGAGGAGACCAGUUGGACGACCAAAGAAGGUCAAGCCAGAGGCCAAUAGUUCAGCCACGACAUCGUCAGAGAGAGUAACCGGGGGCAACACUUCCUCGAUAAGCUGGCCGGCGAAGAGACUUCCAGCGGACUUCUUCCUGUUUAACGGGACAUCCCGUAAAACCCACCGAGUGUGUCGCCAGCGAGACCUGGGGGUGUUCCACCGCCCAGCCACACACCCCCUCACCCCUCCCACACCCCUCAAGUGCAUCUUUAGUUCCCCCUUUGAGGUUGACUCUUUCAGUAGCAUCGCCAACGGUUACGCUGGAGCCUUCAGAAGCGGAACCCACCGGCCUGUUACCACGGUAACACCCCUGGUGCUAAGUGACUCUGUCGCCAUGACAACGGCACCCUCCAACAGGAAGUCGAGUGACAGGUACAGAAAACAGUUCCUGGUGAAGCUGGACCACGAGGGCGUGACCUCGCCCAAAACAAAGAAUGGGAAAGCUCUGCUGCGUUUGGGGGGCGGCAGGGGGCACAAGGGUCCAUCUGCAGGGGCAGAGAGGGCACCUCUCAGGUACAUCCACCCUGCCCUGGUGGUGAAGGAGGGGGCACCUCUCAGGUAUAUCCACCCUGCCCUGGUGGUGAAAGACAGAAAUAAAGGAGAAAGAAGAGGAGAGAGUGGAAUGUCCAAGUCUGAGCCGCUCCUGAAAGGGGCGCCAGCCCUCAGAAAGGGGCUCCCCUCGUCUGGUUUAGUGGGUCUGGGGGGAGAGUUUGGUACUCUGGACUGCCCCAGUGACUGCCCUAGCUCUUACUCUGAGCUGGAUGAAGAUGAUGAUGAUGAUGGAGAUGAAGACGUAGCUCGGAGGAGAGCAGCAGCGGCGGGCGCAGGACGUUUCCUCUCACGUCUUUCUGUUUGCUCCUCGUCCUCUUCCUCUUCCUCCUCUUCUGGCUCCCUCUCUUCUUCCUCCCUCUGUUCUUCCGACUCCUCCUACUCCUCUGACGAAGAAGAAUCUUCAUCCCUCCUUCUCCGCCGAGCGCUGCUCCAGCAGCAGAAACACAAACACAAACAGAGCUUGACGUCUAACACCUUAACCCCUGACCCCACCACAAAGCCCAACCCAAGCCCCGCCUCAGCAACACCACACUCCUACGUUGCAAAGGCAGCCAUGUCUGUCACCGGGGAGUCUAAGGUUAGAGGAAGUGACAGAGGAGAGGACAGGAAGGAGUACACAUCAAAGGGGAGGACCAAUAGUAGCAGCAGUGCAUCCAAAAGCCAAACCAAGAGGAAAGGUGGAACCGUCUCCAACACACACACUCUGUCUCUCAACACACACACUCCGACCCCCAACACACACAACCCGGCCUCCCAGCCCAAACCUCCCAAGGAUCACCCAGCAGAAAAGAGGCAGAGGAUGUUGUCACCGAUCCCCCAUCCUAAUAUGUCCGCCCUCCUGCCGGGUCGCCAGCUGUGGAAGUGGUCUGGAAAUCCCACACAGAGGCGUGGUCUGAAGGGUAAGGCCCGUAAGUUGUUCUACAAGGCGAUUGUGCGUGGUGGUGAGACGGUGCAUGUGGGGGACUGUGCUGUGUUCCUGUCCCCCGGUCGGCCCCAGCUGCCCUACGUGGGGCGGGUGGAGAGCCUCUGGGAGUCCUGGUCCUCCAGCAUGGUGGUCAGGGUCAAGUGGUUCUACCAUCCUGAGGAGACGAGCCUGGGGAAGAGGCCACAUGACGGAAAGCAUGCUUUGUACCAGUCGAGCCAUGAGGAUGAGAACGAUGUCCAGACCAUCUCCCACCGCUGUCAGGUGCUCAGUCGCACCGAUUACGAGCACCUGAUUCGCCGACGAAAGCCAGGGGGUGGGGCCCAGGAUCUGUUUUACCUGGCAGGGACCUACGAGCCAACCACAGGCCAGCUGGUUAGCGCCGAGGGCGUGGCCAUCGUCCCCUAGCAACAACUAUGGAGUGUAAACAAAACAAAGCCUUAAAGAUGGAAGCCUCAUCUCUCCAGGAUGAAUCCAGCUACUGGUGCUGGUGUCAGUGAAGCAUGGUUCUGUCCAAAUCUAGAAGAGUUUGGAAAUGAGGACCUUCCUUGGUUCUAGUUCCUGCUGGUUCUGGAUCUUGGUUCUGGGUCCUAUCUGGGUGUGGACGAUCCCAACCCAAAAAGGGAUAACAGCACUUUGGACCGCAGCACUGAAGUCAUCUGAUCUAAUGAUCUAGUGAUCUGAAGAGGGACUACAGUACUCUACUGACCUUCUGAAACUGACAGACCGUGUCCUCGCUACGUCUUGUCUCUAAGAGUUGUUUUACUGUCUGUCACAGUCAAAAACUGUCAUAGACUGACUCUCUGGCAGUUUGUCAGACUGUCAUAGACUGACUCUCAGUCAGUUUGUCAGAGACUCCUGUGACUCUUACUAGGUUGUUGCUGUAAGUGAGAAUGUGAUGUGUUCACUUCUCAGUCUAGAGACCUGGUUAAAUAAGGGUUAUAUAGAAGACAUAAAAUAGAGACUGGGAAAGGGAGUGAGAGAGAGAGCGAGAGAGAGAGACUGACUACACUGGUGGCUACACUGCUCUGAUGAUAAAUGAAUGACGGCAGGAUUGAGAAAUCCCAAAAGGACCAAAAACACUGUAGUUCUGAAGUGUGUGUGUGAGAGAGAGUAUGUGCUGAGUGGUUGUAAUGGAUGCAUUUGGUCCUUGAACAGCUGAGAGUAAAUAGUGCUUUAGUGCAUUUGCGGUGUGUUUGCGAGUGUGUGUUUGCGUGUGUGUGCGUGCGUUGUUCUCUCGUCUAGACCUCACCAUGGAAACCCUAGAUGUCUUUAACACUCAAAAAGUAAACCUACUAAACCUAAAUCUAUGAAUAUUCAUAUAUCAAUGGAUUUACUAACCGCUUCUUCUCUAGACAGAAAACAAGACAAAAAGGAAUGAUUAUUUCUACAGUCAAGCCAUACACUUCAAUACCUCUCAUAUCCUUCUAUUCAGGUACAGCUGAAUGAUUUGUCUAUUUCUGUGUGUUGUACAGCAUUAUGUAUAAAGACUUUAAUAUUCAACUGGACAUAGUAUACAUAUAUAAUAUACAUGAAGAGAGAACUAUAUUCCUCUUUGUUGCUCUUUACGUUGUUAUUUUUUCAAUGACUGUUGAAUAGUUAUUUUGGCUUAGGGGGAGGAGCUUUAAGACUUCUUCUCUUUCUGCACUGAGUACGUUGUGGAGAUGGGAUGGGGUCCAUGAGGGGUAAAGCUGUAAAUAUGCGACGGGAUGGGUUCAAGUCCCAUUUUGGGGGUUAGUGUGGAUUUAGUGACCGGGGAUGUUUUUAUAAGAAAAGUGGAAAAUGAUUUUUUUGUUCACAUCAUCAUUGGUCUGGUUUUGUAUAUUGUUCUUCUAGGUUUUAUUGUCUAUAAUAAUGUUGCUUAUUCUCCUGUGGGGGUUUCAAAUGUAAAGUUCUUUGUUUUUAGAAAUACUGGAAAGUUUUUUUCUAUUCGCUGAUCCUUAAAGGUCCAGACUAGAGAGUUCUAGAUGUUCUAUAUCUAUAUAUUCCUAGAGGAAAUCUAUGUCUAUUUAUCUGGCCUAAAAAAUACUAAACCAAAGCGCAUCUAUGUUUCGUUUCAUCACAUUAGAAUGCAAUAUGAAGAAAUAUAAAAAUAUGAAAAUAUUCAAUAAAAUCUGAAUUCGGAGAUCCCUGCAAUCAUAUUCAAGUAGCGCACCUGGGUUUCCCUCCUACCUGUUGGCAUAGGACAUGGCUUAACAUUCACCAUCAUGUUGCCAUGGGAACACAGCAACUUUAUCUUCCUGCACGUAGCUUGGCUCUUGCACUUGAAGGCUCCAUGACAACCAUAUGGCAUCUCAUGACUGUGAAGGACAAUCAAAGCCAAUCAAAAGAGGGGAAUGUCUAUAAAAAAAAAUGAUUAAGGAUCCAAUCAAAAUUGUGCUUAAUCUUUUCACUUUUCUUCCUGCUUUGCCAAAAAUGUGUCUUUCUGUUUUUAUUUUUAUUUCACCUUCCACCCUUUCUUGCCAGUUAUACAUGCCUGGGAUGACUGUGUUUUCAGUGUUGGGGUUUUCACAAGGAGAACAUGAAUGCCUUUUCAUAUGAGACGUACAUGAACUGACUUUUUUAAACAACAUUGUUGCUGUAACACUAUGACGCAAAAGCUUAAAAUAAAUCUAAUGUGAACAUCCAUGUUAUAUUACUUUUUGUAGGUCUUUAAACAAUAUUUUAAAAGCUGUAUUUUCUUAAAGAAACACUGGAUUCAGUUCUAAACAUCACAUUGGGUGAAGGGACAUCAUCUUUGCGCAACCUGUUUUGAGACCAACUGGAAACGACUUACUUUGUAGGUUUGGUAUAUAGUUUGUGACAAUUGUCUCAGUCAUUGUUGGAAAUAUGACUAAAAUAUUUCCCCUGUGUAAAAAACAAAGUUAUUUAUCUUAAUUUUAUUGCCUUUCUGUUGCAUUUAAUUAAUAAAAAAAAUGCUCAAAAUGA